GGACAAAUGGCCCAAUGGUCAAGUGAUCGAAUUUUGUACGCUGAUCCACCGACUACCCGUUCGGUCAAAUCAUCCGCACUGUCCUCCGCAACCGGUGUGGUGGUCGAUACUACAGAACAGCCAUGGCAUAUACGUCCUACUCAGCUAUACCGUAGUCAAUCUGGACAGGGUUCUGAAACCAAACAGACUCCUAGUCGAAAUGCUAGCGUUUCACGGUUCGAAGCAACCACGACACGGACCCGCGAUAUCCUCAUCCCAGUCUCAACUCGACCAUCUUUUCGGAGCAGCCAGUCACGUCCUCGUGUGCUUCGGGUGGACAGUUUUGGACAGCCAUUAGGCAAUAACGCCACGGAAAGUGCAUCAUCACGAUCGAAUCAAGAACCAAGUCAGGAACCGGCCAACACCGAUGAUAGAUCUCUUCCACCGUCUGGACGAGCGCAGAAUCCCCGUGGGCCGUGUAACCAGAUUAUCGCACCGCCUACUCGUGUCUUGUUGGCCAAACCGNUCGAGCGCCGUUGUCUCUCGUCCUUCGUCACAGGUUUUCGUUAA